AUGAAUGCGUCGACGACGCCCAAAACCCUCACUCGAGGCAAGCGUGACGUCGCGCUGAGCGCCUACGCGCUGUUAUUUUCCGAACUCGUCCAGUACCACAAGAGUCGCGCCAAGGAUACGAGCGAACUCGAACGCGCGCUCGAGGACGCGGGCGCGGACGUGGGACGGCGAAUGUACGAGGCGCAGAGUUUCCGUGAGCGCGGGCCGGGGAAGCGGGAGAAUCGGUUGUUACCGCUAUUGCAAUUCAUUCAGAGCUCGUUUUGGAAAAACGCGUUCGGGCGCGCGGCGGAUUCGUUGGAGGUGUACGACGACGACGAGUACCUGCUGUCCGAUCGGGACUUGCUCGUGAAUCGAUUCGUGAGCGUGCCAAAAGAUUACGGCGAUCUGAAUUGCGGAGCAUUCGCGGCGGGGAUGGUGGGGGGAAUCUUGCGAAGCGCGGGAUUUCCAUCCAAGGUGAGCUGCUAUUACUCGGAACAGGCCCCCGGGGACGCGUCGGGGCGACGAACGACGAAUAUAUUGAUGAAGUUCGAGCGAGAAACUAUCGAGCGAGAGAAGCGAUUAGAUGGUAGAUGA